UUUGUUUUUUUGUGACCCUUUCGCCAGGACUCCCCUGUGCUUUGCACAGCAUGGAAGGCCAAGUCCUGCUCCUUAUACUCGCAUUAGCGGUCACGACAACACCAUUAUCUAUGGCAGUGGAAGAUGUAGGACGAGAUUUGAUAGGGUGGCUUGGAGAAACCUACAGGAGCGGAAGAACCGAUGUUCCGGACAGCAGGAUGGUGGUGCUUUCAUGGCAACCACGGGUCUUCCUCUACAAGGGCAUCCUCACGCAGGAGGAAUGCGACUACUUGAUCAAGAUAGCGCAAGGCCGCCUUGAACGGUCUGGCGUGUCAGACGCUACAACAGGAGAGGGAGGGGUCUCAGACAUCCGAACGUCGUCCGGAAUGUUCUACACGCGAGGCGAGAACGAUGUUGUAAAGCGGAUUGAGACCCGUCUGGCCAUGUGGACCAUGUUACCAGUGGAGAAUGGCGAGGGAAUCCAGGUGCUGAGAUAUGAGAAAACACAAAAGUACGACCCGCACCACGACUACUUCUCUUUCGAGGGCCGAGACGCGAACGGAGGCAACCGUAUGGCCACAGUGCUCAUGUACCUGGCCACUCCCGAGGAGGGCGGAGAGACGGUGUUCCCCAAGAUUCCGGUGCCUGCCGGUCAGACCCGGGCCAACUUUUCCGAGUGCGGGAUGAAGGGCCUGGCGGUGAAGCCGGUGAAGGGGGAUGCGGUGCUGUUCUGGUCCAUCAGGCCUGAUGGCCGGUUCGAACCCGGCUCACUUCACGGCAGCUGCCCCGUCAUUCGGGGAGUCAAGUGGAGUGCCACAAAGUGGAUUCACGUGGGCCCCUACUCCAUGGGCGCGGAGAAGGCGGUGGAGGUAACUCGGGUCAUCUACGCGCCGCCUCCGCCCCCCGCGGUGCCGGGCUGUAUCAACACCCAUAAACUGUGCGACCAUUGGGCGGAGUCUGGGGAGUGCGAAUCCAACCCUGGCUACAUGGUGGGGCAGCUGGGGUCCCCGGGCGCCUGCAACCUGGCCUGCAAUCGAUGUGACCUUAUAGCCCAGCACUAACAGAAAGAAAUCAGGGCCCGUGCCAGGGGGGAGGGCAGGAGAGGAAGGGGUCGAUGGAUUUGUUUCCCGUUCUUCUAAUGCGAUUGCGAUUUUCCCCAGACGCGAUGAGCAACUGCUCAUUCUAAGAAAAGCAGGAUGGGAUAAUUUUUUGUGUGUGGCAUCAUACUAUUAAUUUUUAUUUCUCAGGACUUAUUAUUCUUCCGGUUACCAAUCGGGCACCGGGGAUUUUGGGUAGGGACCGGAAAACAUGUGCGGCGGUUUGUGUGUGUUGGAAUGUAGUAGUAUCCACCAUCACCGCACAGUAAUCAGAGGGGCUCAGUAAA